AUGGCCUUGAUGAUGAUCGCCCUUGGCAGCCCCGGCGCGACGAGAAUCAGGUCCGAGGACGGUCCGGCUUACGACAUGGCGGAUGGCGGAGCGGCGUCAUCAAGCCCGACUGUUGGAGAUCCUAUGGCACAGAUUCGUGCAAUGGCCGAGCUUGCUAUAGAGACAGCUAGGGCAAAUCAGGCGGCUAUUCAGAGUUUGGUGCAGUUGCAGGCAGACAAUUUGACGGCGCAGGCAGCACGGAAUGUGAGCGGUCAGAACAUCUCGGGAAAAGAUCUGGUAGCGGCCACGUUGAGGCCUGAGCUUGCAGAGAUUGGAACAGGUUGGAAGCAGAUUAGCGAAACAUGCUGGGCAGUGAAGUUGUUCGGCAUGAACUUCACAGACGUGGCAGCGAGCUUGCCGCGAGCUGAAGUGGACAGUAAGAUCGAAGAGCUGCAGGAGCCCACCGAGCUGAUCACUCUUGCUCAUCGAGGAUAUCAGGAAGCUGCAGUGGAUGAGGCUCGGAGAGAUGUGCCAGCAGAAGCAUUGGUUCCAGUUGAUGAGCAUGAAGUGGAGUUUGAAGGCAAGAUGUUGACAAUGAAGGCGCAAGACAUGAGAGCAGAACAGAAGGUGCACAAUGAGAUCUUGCAGGGAGAGAAGCGAAAGGCGAACUCUCCACCAGGCGUCUCACAGCAGAGCAAAAGUGGGAUGCAGGGCUGGCAGCAACACUCAGAGGCAUGCCCUGGGAUUACCCUGGUUACCUUGGAGGUCAUCUGGGAUUUGGAAGGCCGAGGUGACAGAGCAACUGGAGAAGGGGAUGAAGCUGCAUCAGACCCUGAGACGGUGGUCCCGGACGAGCGCACUGCAACGCGUGCGAAAAAGGGUGAGUCCGAGGAUCAGAGCGAGCCGGCAGACGAGGUGCUGGAAUUGCCCUAUGAUGAGCAGCAAGCUGAGACGAUGAUAGAACAUGACCACCAGCUCACUGGCGAUGUGGAGGCAGAGCAAGGAUUCAAGAGUUCGGAAGGAGAUUCGGAGCUUCUUUACUACCCGGUUGGUCCCGGGGGCGAGGAGCCGCAGUUGGCGGAAAGUGACUUGCAGGCGAUAGAUGAUCUCGCUAAGCGCAUGGAGGUGGACAGACUCAUGACCAUGGGUGUUUUGAAGCCCAUAAGCAAACAGGAGGCGCAGGAGUUGGGAUUGAGAACACUCAGUACGAAGUUCGUGACAACUUGGAGGCCGAAGCAGCAAGACCAAGUUCCGAAGUUUAUGCGUCGGGCUAGGUUCGUUGCUCGAGAAUUCCACUGGGAUGAUCCGCAUCGGCAGCAGCUAUUUGCACCGGCGACGUCAAGUUUGGUCAUUCGAUUGUUGCCGGCCCUGUUUCAACACAAGAAAGCAGAAGGUUUGGACUGGGUGAUGAUUGCGUUGGAUAUUAGCGAUGCAUAUUUGACAGUGGAUCAGCAAAUCCCCACUUGUGUGAAUGCAUGGAUUGAUGGGGAGGAAUGGACAUUUCAGCUGGACAAGCUGUUACCAGGGCAGCGUGAUGGUGCGCGUGAGUGGCAUGGAGCGUUUACAAGUUUCGUGAAGGAGAAAGUCGGAGUGGAAGGAUGCACAGUUUGCCCUUCAGUUUUGCGAGCAGCUGAAGGAUUCAAUGGUCUUUUGCAUGUGGAUGAUAUGCUUGGAAUUGGCACUGAGGAAUUUAUCAUGGAGAGACUGGUGCCCGCAGUGGAAAGCAGAUACAAGGUGACGUAUGAGCUCAUCACCAAGCCCGGACAGGAAUUGUGGUUCUUGAAGAGGAAGCUGAUAUACCAUCGCUCACUGCGGUUUAUCAUUCAGCCCCACCAGAAGAAUUUCACAAAGCUGUUCGAGCUGAUGAAUAUCAAUCCGGACAGGGUGAACCCGAGGGCAGCACCAAUGCCUAGUGGAGGUGCUCAAGCCAAGCUGGCGGACAAUCCUUUGGAGGAACCGUCGGCAAGCAAGUACAGGGCGGCGGUUGGACUGUUGCUUUAUAUGAGCACGGACUUGGUUGAUUGCCAGUAUUGCAUCAAGACGUUGGCACAGUGCAUGGCUCAUCCAGGUUUUGGUGAGUACGAGGCCCUCAUGAUGAAGGAGAACACGAGGUUGGCCAUCAGGAUCGAGCACGACGCCUUGAGCAGAGACAAUGAGCCCAAUGGUUUGGACAAUCAGCAUGAUUGGAUCAUGGAUGCCAUUGAGAUUGGCAAACGCUGCGCUUCCUUGCCACCCUUUCUGUGGCCCACGGAUCACACGCACAUGUGGAUGUUCCCGGCCUAUCUCGAGGUGCGCGCCCCCAUGGGCAGCGGCAGACUGCAGGCGAGUGUCUCGACUGUGAGCUGCCGGGCCUGGGUCUGCCCCAAGAGGACGUGCGUGGAGCUAGAAACGGACGAGUUAGGAAGUGAGCUCCCCGAUCUGAAGAAGCAAGAAGCUCGUGAUGGGCACUUGCCCGUGAUGGGUCGCGUGAGCGCCGGCGUGGACGCCGGGCCGCAAGCAGUGCAGGAAAAGUCGCUCGCGGUCGCGGAGACGGCGGAACGGCUCGCGCUCGAGGUCCGACUCCGCAAGAAGGCCUGCGAGUGGGAGAGCACGAAGCCCGAGAAGAAGGAGAAGGCGGCAAAGGAGAAGCGCCGGGCUGCCACACCCAGCCCUUCGCCGGCGAGGUCGGAGUCGCAGAAAAACCUCUCCGACUUUGAGGGCGAGCUCUCCAGGUCACCCUCGCGGGAGAAGAAGCGUGGUCGGGCACAGCCGUCCAGGUCCCCGGAGAGGGUGCCGCCUACCCAGUUUGAGGACUACGAGCCUGCAAACGACGGCAGCGGCUGGUAUGUCUAUAAAAAGACAGGCAAGUGGAAAUUUCACCCGGAGACGGGUCUGUACUUUCACCUCAAGUCGCAGGUGUACUACACACCCAAGGAGAGCGACCACAGAUUCUUCAGAAGGAUAGACGAUGAUGAUGAUCCUCUCGUCAAAAAGAUGAAGCAGUCGGAAGAGAUGCGCAAGGCCAUCUCAAAGACAGAGUUUGUGAAGUUUGAGAUCGACGGUGCGCAGGCGGAGGCUCCUCCCGUCGAGCCGGAGCCGGCGCCCAAGCCGGAGAAGGAGAAGGAGGAGGAUGCCAGACAGGAGGGCCGAGUCAACAAGUGGGACUCGGAGAAGGGCUUCGGUUUCAUCAUGCCCGCGGGCAAGGAAGAGGGCGGCGACGUGGGCAAAGGCCUCUUCGUGCAUCGGAAGUUCAUUGUGGGCAGCACGCCCACCAACCCGAUCAACCUCAAGGAGGGUGUGAAGGUGAGCUUCAAACAGGGCAUGCAGGACAGCAAGCCCUGCGCGUUGGAGGUGCUGAUGCUGGGCGCCGAUGGCAAGCCCUUGCCAAUCCACGCAGGGGCGCAGACGCUGGAGGAGAAGAAGAAGAGCUACCACGUGUCCGCAGAGUCCCUGGGCCUCCGCGUGCAUGCUGAGAGCUGGCCUGGGCUCAAGAAGACGCUGCAGGACCGCUACGUGAUGGAUGAGCCUUUGGAGGAGUUGGGGGUGUACUUUGCGGUGCUGGACGGUCACGGCGGCACUCAGGUGGCCGAUAUGGCCAAGGAGAAGCUGCACAAGAACGUCCUUCAGCAAAUGCGCCAGAAGCAGGUUCAGCCCGCCUCGCGGGACGAGAAGAUCAAGAUGGCCAUCAAGGAGGCCUUCUUGCAGACGGAUAAGGAGAUCCUGGGCCUGUCGGAGCGCAAGAAGUUCGAGCUGGUCGGCUCCACUUGCGUCUCAGUGAUCCUCCACGGCAACCCGAAAUUGGGCACUGCCCUGCGCCUGGUGGUGUCGAAUCUGGGCGACUCCAGGGCAGUCCUUUGCCGGGCCGGCACCGCGGUGCCGGUCUCGGAGGACCACAAGCCCACGCGCAUCGAUGAGAAGAAGCGCAUCGAGCGUGUUGGGGGCCUCGUGCUGCAGGUGCGCGGCGCGUGGCGCGUGGCCACCUCGACGAACCCCAAUUCCAUGAACAAGGCCGCGAGGCGCGAAUACCAGGGCCUCGCCAUGACCAGAUCCUUCGGAGACCUGCACUUCAAGCGGCCCAUUGGCCUGGCCAUUGCGGAGCCUGAGGUGCAGGUGAUCUCGCUCUCUGACAAGGAUCUGUUUAUCGUGCUGGCGACUGACGGUGUCUUCGACGUGCUGGGCAACCAGGAAGUGAUUGACCUGGCCAUGCGGCACUGGCGAGAGCCAGAGGAAGCAGCAAAGAACAUUGUGCGAUCCGCCUACAAGCGUCCGGGAGCUAAGCCUCGAAGGAACCCCCCCCCUUGCCGAAGACAAAAGAGAAUCACCGCUCACAGCUUGAACACGCUUCGAGGGAAGCCUCGGGGAGCCAAAAUCAAGCGAACGGCAGAAAUGGCAUCCACUCGUGCCAAGAAGGGCUCUCCAACUUCUGAGCUCGUGCCGCCAUGUCCAGCCUGAGCCGCUUUUGGUUCAAAGCCGGCAGGAUGUUGAGGGAAGCUCCCUCUCGCACCAGACAAGUCCAAGUCCCCCCCCCCCCCCCAAGACGUGAGUCUUUGCUUGGAUGCCAAGCUUCUCGGGGUUGGCGGUUGAUCUGAAAUCUGCCCCUGUACUAGCUGGACUUGACUCUUGGCGUUGUAAAGGCAUAGAGUCCAAUCUUGCAUAUUCGUUGCGUGUCACAUGACUGUGCUUCCUCCCGUCACUGUGCAAGUAUCAGAUGCACAGCAGUGGGAGUUGAGCUUGCCUUGAUCAAGACAUGGCCGGCAGGAAACACAUGGGAAAGAAGCGGCCCCCAAAAACGCUCCUCCUUGGAAACA